UGUGUCGUUUGGACCCGGAGUGGACACACCGUCUCUCUCUCUCCCUCUCUCCCUCUCUCUCUCUCUCUCUCUCUCUCUCUCUCUCUCUCUGUGUGUGUCGGUGUCUCUCUGUCAGCUCGCUCGCGCUGGAUUUAUACCUGGAGCGGCUCGUGGCUGCUGGAGGAGGAUUUUUUUCCCGCUGGUUCGGUCCCGUUUUUUUGGAUGUUAGCGGAGCUGUAGUGGAUUACUGGGAGCGUGUGUUGGUGCCGGACUCUGACUGGUCUGUCUGUGAGGAGACGUGGACACACAAAGGUUUAUAAAACUUAUCAAAGGACUUAAUCUGGAUCGGAACAACAUUUGGAGUUUGGACUUUUUGUUCUUCCUGGAUUUGCAGAUUUCAAGCUCACUGAUUGGCUCUCGUGAGGUGGCUUGUGAUUGGAUGAUCCUGGAUCGAAGGACGUCUGAGGGGGUCCACCCCCGCCUCCUGACUUCCUGUUUACUUCCUGGACCACAGUAAGGACUUCCUGCAGCUGAAGGAGGGUUCACCUGUCCGUCACAGCAGAUUUUUCCUCUCUGACGGCCAACAUGACCUGCUGACAUCACAAGACCCCGCCCCUCCUCCUCCUCCUCCUCCCCUCGACUCUCACCUUAAAAAAUGGCUCAGACCGAUUGGCUGUCGCCAUGGCGGUCGUCGCUUCUGCUGCUCAUCCUCACUUCAUGUUUCCUGUCAGAGGCCGCCUCGACCACGCCCUUCCCCAAAGACCUGGAGCCAAUCAGCGUGGUCAGCUCAGAGCAGUCGUAUCAGUUUCCAGGAUUUCAAGGUCUGCUCCAGGACAACGACACACUGCGUCUGGGCCUGGACUUCCAGAGACUGCUCCGCAUCAACCACAUGUUGUACAUCGCCGCCAGGGAUCACGUGUUUGCAGUGAACAUGACGACGGCUUCAGAGAAGUUCGUACCACAGCUGAAGCUGACGUGGAAAUCCAAAGACGUCAGCAAGUGCACGGUCAGAGGGAAGAACAGCGACGAGUGCUACAACUACGUCAAAGUCCUGGUGCCUCGAAACGAUGAGACGCUGUUCGCCUGCGGGACGAACGCCUUCAACCCCACCUGCAGAAACUACAAGAUGACCAGCUUGGACCAGGUCGGAGAAGAGGUGGUCGGUCAGGCUCGCUGUCCCUUUGAGUCGGGUCAGUCCAACGUCGGACUGUUCGCUGGAGGGGAUUUCUACUCGGCCACCAUGACGGACUUUCUGGCCAGCGAUGCCGUCAUCUACAGAAGCCUGGGAGAGGGCCGGCCCGUCCUCAGGACCGUCAAGUACGACUCCAAGUGGCUCAGAGAGCCUCACUUCCUGCACGCCAUCGACUACGGUAACUACGUCUACUUCUUCCUCAGUGAGAUCGCCGUGGAGUACACUGCCUUGGGCAAGGUGGUGUUCUCUCGGGUCGCCCGGGUUUGCAAGAACGAUAACGGAGGAUCACCAAGAGUUCUGGAGAGAUACUGGACGUCUUUCCUCAAAGCUCGUCUGAACUGUUCGGUUCCCGGGGACUCGUUUUUCUACUUCGACGUUCUCCAGUCCCUCACCAACGUGCUGCAGAUCAACCAGAGGCCGGCUGUGGUCGGGGUCUUCACCACGCAGGCCAACAGCAUCCCCGGCUCUGCAGUCUGUGCGUUCUACAUGGACGACAUCGAGAAAGUCUUCAACGGGAAGUUCAAGGAGCAGCGGACCAGCGACUCGUCCUGGACUCCUGUACCCGACGAGCAAGUUCCCAGACCCAGACCUGGAUCGUGUGCAGGCGACGGCCCGGCUGCUGAAUACAAGUCGUCCGUUCAGUUUCCAGACGAGACUCUGACGUUUAUCAAGUCGUAUCCUCUGAUGGACGAAGCGGUUCCUUCUGUCAACGACCGGCCUGUCUUCACCAGGACGUCCAGCAGGUCCAAGCUGACUCAGAUCGUGGUGGACGUCUCGGCGGGUCCAAACAAAGACCGGACCGUGAUGUUCCUCGGGUCGGACGACGGCAGAGUCCUGAAGGUGUUGGCGAGCACGCAUCCCAACGACAGCUUCGGGUCCAAACUGCUGGAGGACAUCGACGUCUACAACCCGUCAAAGUGUAACGUUCAGGGUCAGGAGGACAGGACAGUACUGGGACUGGAGCUGGAUAAAGACCAUCAUGCUUUGUUUGUGGCGUUCUCGAGCUGCGUCAUCAGAGUGCCGCUCAGCCGCUGCCCCCGACACGGCGCCUGUAAAAAAGCCUGCCUAGCGUCUCGGGAUCCGUACUGCGUCUGGCUCAGGAGCGGGAGCUGUGCCAACACGGCGCCGGGUUACAAGGCGGCGUUUGAACAGGACGUCGAGGGCGACCACUCGCUUAUCGUGGACAGCUGCCACGCCGAUGUGUUGGCGACCACGAGGAACCAGGAGUCUGCAGCCGACUCAGCAUACGGUGUCCGUCGUCUCCCGGAGCAGGACCAGCGUCCCGGAGCUAACGUCCACUACACCCUGCUGAUCGCCUGCGUGCUGGUGGCCUUCUUCCUGGGCGCCAUCCUGUCGGGUUUCCUGGUGUCGUGUUACUGCGGCCGCAGCGCCGCUCAGCGGGCGAGGCGGCUGGGGAAAGACCCCGAGGUGACGCUGCCGCACGCCCUGUCGCUCAGAUCGCUCGCCAAGCUCAACGGACUCCUGGACGGACAGCCGAAGGAGGACAAAUUGGACAUGUCCACCCCGAAGAUGUACAGCUCCUUCAUCCCCAACGGGCGGGCGGAGCCUCACCUCCACACCCCGGUCCACCAGGGCCUGCAGCUGGGCGACCCCGACCUCAACCUCUCCCAGUCUCUGUCUCAGGGGGACGGCGAGUUGUCCGGCCUGCCCACGCCUGACUCCACCCCCGAGCUGCCGAUCAAGAACAUGAAGGCCCUGCGGCACCACCAGUACGAGAAGAACCAGAACUGCAACAACGCCAAGGACAACCACCCCGCGUCCGGGCCCAGCUGCUCCGGGUCCAGCCUGGGCUUCAUGGCCGUCGUCGGACACUCUCUGACCCAGCAGCAGGUGUUUCCCUUCUCUCAUCACCACGGCAACAGUUUGAGCAACGGAGCAGCCCUCGGCGCCGGCGCCUCUUCGACCUCGCUGCACCUCCCCGAGGAGAGGAAGAUCUCCAAUGACGAGCGAGCAGCGGCGGCGGCGGCAGGAGGAGGAGGAGUGGGUGGAGGGCGGGUUGGAGUCCCCCAUCACCAUCACUCCCAGCAGUCCCUCCCUCAGACGGUGGUGGACGUCUCGGCGCUGGACGAGCUGCUCAAACACAUCCACGAGGUGAGCGCGUCGGGGACCGGCGGCAUCAAGGUCCUCACCUCCACCUCCUCCUCCUCCCUGUUCCCCGGACCCCCCUCCUCCGCGUCCUCUGGAGGACUUCAUCAUAACCUCCAUCACCCCCAUCCUCAAGGCCACCACAGCAACACACGCAGCCACCACUACAACCACAGCCAUCACCAUAGCAACCACCACAACAACAACAACAGCAGCAGCAGCAGCAGCGGCGGUGGCGGUCACCAUCACCAGCAGCAGAUCCCCGAGACGGAGUCGUCGUCCUACUACAGCACCUCCACCCUCCCAAGGGACGGACUCCCUAAACGCAUAGAUGCCCCGCCCCAAAACUCCGCCUCUGCCACCUCCUCUUCCACCUCCUCGUCCUCCUCGUCCUCCAACAACCCCACCUCCUCCACCUCCAUCCCCUCCUCGUCAUCCUCCUCCUCCUCCACUCCGCUCCAGCAGCAGGUGAUUCCAGAGAGACCCGGAGGAGGAGGAGGCGGCGGCGGCGGCGGCGCGGUGGCUCGCCAUCACUCCCAGCGCCACUCCCUCAUCAAGAUGGGAAGCGGGGGCGGGGCGGUGCCGCGCCACCACAGCUUCAACCAGCGGGGGGCGGCGCAGCAGCAUGCCCACUUUCUCGCCAGGAUGAACACCAACAGCAGCAGCAACGGCCCCCCGGGCGCCGGCGGAGCGGCCAAUGUGAACGCCAACAACAACAGCGGGGGCCAGAGGCCGACGGUCGCCAGCACGUGUCUGACCCGACAGCACAGCUACAGCGAAGGGCCGCACGCUCAGAGGGCGGGAAUCGUCCGGAGAACGGCGUCGCUCAAACCCCAAGUGCCGCCGAAACCACUGUUCCUCCCGAACACGGCGACGUCACCGGUAGCAGAGGCGGGACGAUACAAAUACUGACACUGUGGGAGGAAGUGGCGGCAAUCCAAGAUGGCUGCCGCGGUUCAGAAAUGAAGAGCACUGACGGCGCACAAAAAGAGACUUCAGAGCUUUUUUGGCGCCAUCGCUCCUCAUCGCGACCCCUCAGUUGUGUUUCCUUCAGAGUCAAGAUGGCUGCUCCGCUAACGGGCCGAGGCCUGCGGACAAACUCCCCGAGGAUCCACAAAGAAACAUCUCGUCUGACUCUGUUCUCCGGCCGCCGGUGGUCGCUUUCCCCCUCACGACAGACUGUCGAUCCAAAGUGGGAGAAACAUUCCAAACGGGGGGAAAGAUGUUGAUGAUGGCGGAGCAGUCCCACAGGCUGGAGGUGGCCUAAAAAACUAAAAUCCCGAUUCAUGCAGUUUUCUUUGCGAGCGCUUUGAUCUAACGUCCCCGGUUGUUGCACUUUGGCGCGGGGCCCAGAAAUCCUCUGAAAGAUUAAAAAAAAAGCAGGGAAUCGAACUGCUGACAUGAACUGAAUCUGGGAGCGAUGGGAGUCUGAAUGUUUUUUUCUCCAGGACUUUAAGCAGACGACGUAAAUAAAUCAUCAAUCAGACGCCCAAACGGAUCGUUCCCAUCCUGUGGAAGUCUGAGUGGAAAACCCAAAAUGGACAGGAGGUGUUUUCUCUCUGGACCGAGGGACAAGAAACCCACAAAGACGUUUUUUUUUGUUAUCGAUGUCGGACCCUUCAGGACGAGAUGAAGAGUCGGACACAUAUUAGAAAAAAAGACGAGUGUGCUUCAUGAUCAGAGCUGUCUCUCUGUUCUUCUUUUGUACCAUAUUGGUAUCUGAACACAAACCAAGCAUUAAUGGACUGUCGCUGUGACAGAGAGGAUUUUUUGAUCAACGAUUCCCUCCAGAGAAACGCUUUCAUUCACUUUACAUUCUCCUUUAAGUGAAUAAUCGCCCCCCAACGGGACUCCAUUUGACCCCUCACUUCUGAUGAGGUCAUAUCAGUGAGGUCUGCGGUUGGCGCACUACUCCUGCACGGCAUCACUCCGCGUUUCAGAACCUCUGAACCUUUCUCAAGUGUGUUUUUCUUCUUCUCAUGAAUCGUUGAUGCCGAGGAGGAGCAGUGUGCACUAACCUCCUUUUCAAUCCAAAGUGUUGGUCGAAGAAAUUUUGAGGGAACUGUUUAUCAAAAAUGUUUCUGCUCACCUGCUGAGCUCUGUGCGGCUUCCUGAAGUCAGCCGGUUUCUGCCUGGACAGAAGAGACGGCUCACAGUAUUAAAAGUAGAACUGUUAGUUUUUCUGCAAAUUAUAACGUCAACCAAAAUACAAAAAACACAAACUGUGUCGACGACCUCUGACCCGUGGUUCCCGAGGGAGGCUGUUCUUCCCUCCCUGCAGAGCCACACGAUGCUCCAGUGUCGUCAUAAUUUAUUCUUUCUGUUGUCUGCACUCAUUUGACCAAAAACUACUUUUUUUUUGGAUCCACUGUUUAUGAAAUUAAAGAAGCAACCCCUCACAGAUGAAGCGUCUCACUGGAUGAGCCAUGUGUGUCUUUGUGUUCUCCCCCAGGUAUGAAGUGCUGAUGAAAGAUGUGAAAACAUUUUAUUCUGAGCUUUAGAAGUUUAGAAUUCAGGUUAAAGCAGCUAAAAACACAAUCGCAAUACCCUUUUCUAAGACGGAGGAUUAGGGCCACGUUAAAAAAAAUAAUAAUAAUGAUUUUGAGAUUAAAGUCGUACAUUUACGAGAAUAAAGUCGUAAAAUUACGAGAUUAAAGUCAUAAAUUUACGAGAAUAAAGUCAUAAAUUUACAAGAUUAAAGUCGUAAAUUUACGACAUUAAAGUCGUAAAUGUACGAGAAUAAAUUUGUAAAUGUACGAGAAUAGAGUCAUAAAUUUACGAGAUUAAAGUCGUAAAUGUACGAGAAUAAAGUCGUAAAUUCACGAGAAUAAAGUCGUAAAUUUACGAGAAUAAAGUCGGAAAUUAUAAGAAUAAAAUCAUAAAUUUACGAGACUAAAGUCGGAAAUGUACGAGAAUAAAGUCGGAAAUUCACGAGAUUAAAGUCAUAAAUUUACGAGAUUAAAGUCGUAAAUGUACGAGAAUAAAGUUGUAAAUUCACAAGAAUAAAGUCGGAAAUUUAUGAGAUUAAAGUCGUAAAUUUACGACGCAUAUUGUCCCUACAGGUUUCACUAAUAAGGAAAUAGGCCACUUCCUUGUGUAGUAGGUAAAAACAGUUAGUUCAAGAGAAGUUUUCACUUCAACUUGCAAGACCUUGGCUAUCUGUAAAAUUAUAAAUUUACGAGAAUAAACAACUUUAUUCUCGUCAAUCAGUGGAAAAAAAGAGCAACGCUGCCAGCAACAGCAAUAAAGUUCUGAAACAUGAGAAUGAUGAAUAAUGGAACCAGCUGACAGAGUUGCCUGAACGUGUUGCUGUGCAGGUUUGGUAAAGUUUGAAAUGUAAUGUGAAGGUCCAUUUAAAACAAAACCAGCUUUGUGAGACUCUCCAAACUCUUUGUUCUGCAUGUUUCAGACACAACACGUUACGUUUCUGCACAGCAUUUUCCAAAACAUCAAUCAAUGCAUCGAAUGAAGUCGAUGCAGAGAGUGAUCUCGUAGUUAGAAGCCGUGGUGUGGAUGUCGGCUCAUUCAACAUGUUCCACUUCACAUCAGGAGCAAGAAUUCAACAACUGACCGACUGAAAGCUGGUUUGGAAAAAAGUUCAAUUCAUCACAACAUGAUCACAGAUGCACUUUAGCACAGGGAAGGAUCUGGAUUGGUGAAGCAGCUGUUUAGUGAAAGAGUAGAAUUUGACAAAUGGCGUUUAGAUACAGAUCUGUGGUGCGUCCAAGCCGCUGGUGAAGCAGACGCUACAGGAGCAGUCUGACGUUUGAAAAAACAACAGAAUCACUUGAAAGAUGUUUUUGGGUUCAAACGACUUCACACUCUUUGAAUACUUUGGGUCUUUUCAGGAAACAAAGUAUUUCAUAAAUAUCAGAAUAAAAGAUGUGAUCUGAGAGUCAGAGAUCUCCAAACAGCAGCCGGCAAAAGAUGAAGCAACAAUGAAGCCGUGUUGGUGCAGCAGAGUGUCAGCGAGGUUUCCGCGUCGAGCACACUCUGCACCAAAUGAUGCAACUUUGAAACGGCCGGUCGAGGACGAGGAGAGAGAGUGUCGCUGCAUCGGGCGAGUGAUCAGCGUUGAGUUCAGACUUCAUGAACGAGGACAAAGCAGCAGGUUGAUGUGAUCUACGGUUUGUAUUCAAGAGGUUAACUUCAUCCUGUGAGCGUCCUGAUAAGAAAGAGGUUUUGAGUCAGAUGUUUUUGUGACAUUUAAAAGAUUUUUCUGCAGCUUUUAGAAUCUUUGAGACUGUUGAAUAAAAGUCAAACUACCUGAAUGUUCCCGCUGACCAGCUUUCUGUUGCUCUUUCCACAAAUGCCAACGAGCAGAUUGUGACUCAUGCUGCAUGUAGCCGAUGAUUUCUACAUGACUCGGGUCGUUUCUGAGCCGCUCCAGGAUGAAACGUUCACGUCCAACGGGUCAAACAAAUAUUCAAAUAUGACGACGAAUCUCCUGAGGAUUCAAAACUGUUCUGUUUGGAAGUUUCAUAUAAAAUACUGAUGUCCAACUUU